CGCUCUUCACCUGCAGAUGAGAGAGCGAGGAAAGUCAGGACGGGCUUUCUACUUCUGAAGAGCUUACCACUGCAAGUGCGGAGCACAGGGGGGAAAUACCAGCUAUCAAACCGCGGGGAAAUUAUACAAUUAUCAGAGAAGAUACACGACCCGUUUCGCUUUUUCCAGCUCAAGCAGCCUCCGCUCGCUUGCAACGAUGAAAAUGGGCUUUGCGCUCUUGCUGGCAGCAGCCGUACAACUGGCCACGUUUUGGGCGUGUUCUGGGGAGUCCAAAGGACCCUGCAGACCCGGUUUCUCGCAAACGUCUUACUCUUGGCUAAUUCCAAGGGAUGUACUGCAAGGCCAGAGCAUACUUGAAGGUACCGCCUUGUCAUCCCAACCAGUGACGUUUGAUGACUGUAUGGAGAAUCAGGGGGUGGUCUUUCAGAGUGAUGACCCCAGGUUCAGUGUUGGGAUCGAUGGCUCCGUCUAUGCCCAGGGAGAGGUGGCCAACCUGAACGCUCCGGUCCAGUUUACGGUUACUGCCAGCGGUCCACACACACACGUGUGGGAGACCACGGUCAGGCUGUCCUUGAUGGGUCAACCCACACCCUCGGCGCCAGGCAAUCAGAUCCCGAUGGAUGAAGAGGAAAGGAAGAAGCAAGAUGUCCAGUUACCAGAGUUCCAGGCUCCGCCCACUGUCAUCAUGUUUCCCCGGCAAAGGGAGAUGAACUCCAAAGGGCUACGGAGACAGAAGAGAGAUUGGGUCAUUCCACCGAUCAACGUGCCUGAAAACUCCAGAGGGCCCUUCCCACAGAUGCUCGUCAGUAUCCGUUCAGACCAGGAUCGGAAUAUUUCCAUUCGGUACAGCAUCACGGGGGUGGGGGCUGACCAGCCCCCCAACGAGGUGUUCAGUAUCGACCCUGUCGCCGGGAAAAUGUUUGUCACCAAACCCCUGGACCGAGAGAGGAGAUCCUCUUACCAUCUGCGUGCCCAUGCGGUCAACAUGAACGGCGAACGAGUGGAGAGCCCCAUAGACCUGUACAUCUAUGUCAUAGAUAUGAACGACAAUCGGCCAGAGUUCAAGAACCAAGUCUACAACGGAUCCGUGGACGAGGGUUCUAAGCCAGGUUCGUUUGUGAUGCACCUGGCGGCCUUUGAUAACGACGACAACACCACAGCCAAUGGGAUGGUGCGCUACCGGAUCCUUUCCCAGACUCCCCACAGCCCCAUCCCCAACAUGUUCACCAUCAACAGUGAGACGGGGGACAUCGUCACCGUGGCAGCAGGCCUCGACCGGGAGAAAGUGUCCCAGUACAGCAUCAUCGUCCAAGCAACGGACAUGGAGGGAAACCUGAACUUCGGCCUGUCCAACACCGCCACCGCCAUUAUCUCUGUCACGGACAUCAACGACAAUCCACCGGAACUGACCUCUAGAACCUUUUCAGGCGAGGUUCCAGAGAACCGGGUCAACGUUGCGGUCGCCAACCUGACUGUGAUUGACCGCGACCAGCCGCGAUCGCCUAACUGGAAUGCCGUUUACAAGAUCAUCAGCGGAGAUCCAGUAGGUCACUUCAGCAUCAUCACCGACCCACACACCAAUGAUGGCAUGGUUACUGUGGUGAAGCCGGUGGACUUUGAGCAGAACCGGGCCUUCAUGCUGACGGUGGUGGUCAACAACCAGGCCCCACUGGCCAGCGGGAUCCAGUCGUCCCUCCAGUCGACGUCGGGGGUCACCAUCUCCGUGGUGGACGUCAACGAACCGCCAUUCUUCCCCUCCAACCCCAAGAACAUCCGGUUUGAGGAGGGUGUGCCCGCCGGCACUUCGCUCACCACCUUUUCUGCCAGUGACCCAGACCGCUUCAUGCAGCAGACUAUCAGGUAUUCCAAGCUGGCUGACCCGGCCGAUUGGUUGUCCAUCAACACCACCAACGGUCAGAUCGUCACCACUGCAACACUAGACAGAGAGUCCAUUUACGUAAAAGAAAACAUCUACGAAGCCACCUUCCUCGCUGUGGACAAUGGCUCCCCCAUGGCCAGCGGAACCGGGACCCUCCAGAUCUACCUGAUCGACGUGAACGACAACGCCCCAUCUCUUCUGCCCGCGAGUUCCCAGAUCUGCGAGCGCAUCAACCGCCACCCGGCAAUCAACAUCACGGCCGCGGGAUGCCGACACGGACCUCCCAACGUGGGCCCCUUCGUCUUCGAGCUCCCCACCUUCCCCAUCAGUGUGCGACGCAACUGGACUGUGUCACGUCUCAACGGCGACUACGCCCGGUUGACGUUGCGUAUCCAGUACCUGGAGCCGGGAGUCUACGAGGUGCCUCUGAUCGUGACCGACUCGGGGAACCCCCCCCUCUCCAACAGGUCCGUCAUAAAGGUCAAGGUGUGUCCGUGCGAUGAAGAACGGGAGACUGCACCCUGGUCGCGGGAGGUGGCCGCGGCUGGACUGGGGACGGGAGCCAUCAUAGCCAUCCUCAUAUGCAUCAUCAUCCUGCUGAGCAUGGUGUUGCUGUUCGUAGUGUGGAUGAAGCGCAGGGAGAAGGAGAGACAGACCAAACAGUUGCUGAUCGACCCGGAGGACGACGUCAGAGACAACAUCCUGAAAUACGACGAAGAGGGAGGAGGAGAGGAGGACCAGGACUAUGACCUGAGCCAGCUGCAGCAGCCCGACUCUCUGGAGCAUAUCAUCAACAAGCCUCCUGGGGUACGAAGGGUGGAUGAGCGCCCCAUUAUCCCUGAGUCCCAGUACCCCAUCCGGCCUGUGGUCCCUCACCCCGGGGACAUCGGGGACUUCAUCAACGAGGGUUUGCGUGCUGCGGACAAUGACCCCACAGCCCCGCCCUAUGACUCUUUGCUGGUGUUCGACUACGAGGGCAGCGGCUCCACGGCCGGCUCCGUCAGCUCCCUCAACUCCUCCAGCUCAGGGGACCAGGACUACGACUACCUCAACGACUGGGGUCCCCGCUUCAAGAAGCUGGCUGACAUGUACGGGGGAGGGGACGAGGACUAGGGCUAAGGUGGGGGGCCCGGUUAGAGAUCACAUCCCCCAAACGAACCCCCUCAGCUGGUCUGUUUCGCUCUCUGUCUCGCUGACCUUGGGGGCUCCUCAGAAUCUCAACUUGAAUACAUCCCCCUCCCUCCCUCCCACACACACACACACACACACACACACACACCAAUCAACUGAACUGACUGAUCAUUUAAGCAACCGCCAUAGUGGACUGUGCAGUGAAGCAGCUUUGGGUCCAUCUUUACUGUACUUUACAGAGUCCUCUUCUGCACCAAGACUGUCUGAGACUGAAAUUGCUAUUUUUCAUAUUUUCUGUGUCUUUUUUUGUGCGGUCGGGGUAGAUUUUGGGGUUGGUUAUGUUGUAUUUUUUUCAAAGUUAUUUUGGAGUUUUGGGUUUGAUUAUUUUUCUUGUUUUCACUGUCCAUAAAUGUGAGCUAUUUCCUGGUGUUUGGAGGAUAUUAGCUUCACAUUUCGCCAUCAGCCCCAGCCUGUCCCUUUUGCAGAUGUGCAGACUGAGCUACAUAUUGCGUGUCGGGGAUGCAAAUAAAAAGAAUCCCAGAAGGCAACCUCCUUCCUCUGCGUGGAAGGCCCCGGUUGAAUAUCUCUGAACUUGAAUUCCAUAGAACAGAAGCACUGUUGUUUAAGAAGUGCCUUCAUGGUGCAUAUAUUAGCUGACUCCCGCUAACUCAGGAUUGGCUAUCAUUGUCUGGGCUAAUGUACCUCCUUUAAACCCCUCACCUUUAAAUUGGGACCGUCCUAUCUUUUGUGUAUCACGUGUCACCACCCUCCACCCCAAUGCAACACGCGCAGGAGAAGUUGCAGAGGGAAUUUGCCUUUGGGGUUUAGGAGGUCUCAUUGGUGUGGAGAUAGGAGAGGGAAUGCUCGUCACAAAGACAUACAUACAUCUCCGUAGGCGAAGGACAACUCGUUUCUUUCCAAAUCUGUCAAAAACCACGGUGACAGUAGGACUCACCGGAGAACGUUUGGUGCGAUACAGCGUGUAUUUCCUGUGUUCAAAUAGUGUGCCACUGCGGCUCUGACAGCAGUCGAGUUUGGAAGUUUUUUUUAAUUUGCAUUACUUUGCACUUUUAAAAUAGUGAGGCUGGGUCGGAGCUAAAGACAGGGGGGAAGUCAUGUUAAAAGUGAAAUGAAAGAAUCCAUCAAAGUUCUGAUUGUCUUUACAUAGAACUAGUCUCGGAUCAAAAGACAAAGGACGCAGGAUGGUUGCGUGGUUCUGUCGUCUGUUCCCAAAGGUUAUCAACAAGCCCUCUGUUCAUCUUGUGGUCUUGGUCAAUGUGUUGAAGAAAACAAUAUAAAGGGUGUGGAAGUUGAUAUUUAAGUAUUCGUACACUUCAAGCUGUUUGUGCUCCAUUCAUUGCAGCUGGCGGACAAAACAAAUCGUGAAAGUUUUGAGCUUCAACCAUCCUUUUUUUUGUGCUGAUUCACUGUUGUGUCCUGAUAUACUUUUGAUAUACAAUCUCAGAUGCAGGUCCCUGUCACAGCAAUCACCAAGAGCGAGGGAUUUAGCAAGCGCCACAAUCUGUCUCUCCUGCGACACUUUCAUUCUUCUGAAAUGCGAGAGGUUUUGAAGACAUGUUGUGGGAAAUGCUUCUUGUCAUAUAAACUUUUUAGGAAAGAGAUGAAUAGGAGACCUGCACUUUACCAAAGCAGUGUUUAGUAGUGUUAAGUGUUUCACUUUUUCAGAGAAGACGGGGGCAUUGAACAACGCCAUUUUGCUGUGUUUUGUGGAGACAUUAUCCAUGCGUUAUUCCUGCGAUAUGCACUACAUGUUCCCCAGAUGUUACAAAGUAUGCUCAUUGGAGAGAUAUGUAGAGAAUUGUAGACUGUAAUUAGUUUUGAAAUGUUGUAGUCUUCACAUUUUUCACACACACACACACACACACACACACAUUGCCUCGGCAGAAGUCUUUUGAUGAAUGACCUUUUACAUUGUGUACACAUGUUGAGGAGAUGCUUUAGAAAGGAACAAACCAUCUCUCGAACUGCCCAUUCACUUCUCACAGAGUCCACUUAUCCUCUGGGCAGUUAACUGAGUCCAUCGGAAUAUUUAGCUCUUUCAAAAAUGUCAUUACAGUUUAGAUUCACACUGGAGAGGAAAACGGUUUCCACAUCGAGAUUCUCUCCUCUCUAAUGGUGGAUUUGAUAGGGAUUGGGCACAGUUGUGUAUUUAAUCCAUCCUCCAGUUCCCCUCCAGGUAAUCUCCUUGACGAAGAGAGGGAGAGAAAGACUCUAAACUCCGAGAUAAGACGUGUGGAGGGAGAGGAGGACUCUGAGCGCCACAUGCUCUUCCUCCCAGCCUCCCCUUCACUAUCAGGUCUUUACCCUUCACACUGCACCCGGCGUCUUCCUCUCACAUCUCCCUUGGGUCGGGUGACCCAAAUACAACGGGAAGAUUUCGCAGGAAACUUUACACUCAUACAUGCGUCUGGCUGCUUUCUGAAAAUGGGGGCACUUUUGGCGAAGGAGAUAGUUCUGGUUGGUCUCAGGGAAUGUAAAACAGUUUGGAAGGGAGACCUUUAAAACGGGAUCGAGUGAAAUAGCAGCAAUUAUGUUGAAUGAGCGACUAAUGAGAGGCUUCACAAGUUUGACCUUUAUACGAAAUCACUUUAUAUGUUUCAGUCUAAUAUGGCAAUUUACUUCAUUAGAAGCACACUUGUUGGGCUAGUUAAUUGUUCUCUCCAAGUCUAACAGAAAACAGCCCAAAAGGAUUUGACACAUGAUUAGUCGGCAUAACUUGACAUUGCUGUGUGUCUCAUCUUGCGCUGAGCAGAACAUCACAUCUCACAACGCCUGGAGAAGUGUUUAAAGUCAACAGUACAUCUAUCUGGCCAUAAGCACAAUGUGACUGCCAAAGAGACAGGUCAGAUUGUCAACUCUCAUAAAAUGAUCAAGAAGUCUUACUGACCUACGAGACAAAUCAAGCAUUUUUUUUGGUUAUAUUUUAAUUUCUUGAUAAAAUCUGGGAGCUAAUUCUUUGGGACGGUUGGUCGCCUUAUCCUUGGGAGAGAAAAAUCUAUGUAUGCCUUAAGGUUAAUUUAUACUUUCACUUGAAAGGGAGUGCAUGGACAUCAUCUGGGCAGUGACUGUGUAAUUUGGGUUUGUUUAGGAGAGGUUUUGCUUCCACUGGGGAUUUAGGCAGUUCGUGCACAUGAUUUAUUUUCUACUGUUAUUUCAUUUUGCUUAUGUUCACAUACUGUGAUUGGUCAGAAGUUUGUGCACUUCCCUUUGUUCAGGAUGUUACGGUGGACACACCGGAGUACUAUUAUCAGUGUCACCCUUUACCUUCAAACCUAAGGGGACUGUAGGGAAACUCCUACUCAAACCUAAGGGGACUGAAGGGAAACUCCUACUCAAACCUAAGGGGACUGUAGGGAAACUCCUACUCAAACCUAAGGGGACUGAAGGGAAACUCCUACUCAAACCUAAGGGGACUGUAGGGAAACUCCUACUCAAACCUAAGGGGACUGUAGGGGAACUCCUACUCAAACCUAAGGGGACUGUAGGGGAACUCCUACUCAAACCUAAGGGGACUGUAGGGAAACUCCUACUCAAACUGAAGGGUACAGUAGAGAAAGUCCUACUCAUAGCUUUCUUUUUUUGUCCUUACACAGGGGUUCCUGAAAGAUCAUAGUGGUUUGCCCACAUUUUCAAUAUGAAGAACUCUUAAAGGAUCCUUCAGAAACCAAACCUUUUUAGUGUUCCUAUUGUGGUUGUUGGGGUAUUGGACCCCGAAACCAUCUGAUGGAGAUCUACAGGAUGUUAGCGCAUUUGACCUUUGACCAUCCAGUCUUGCUGUACACUCACAAUGCCUUUGGGUUGACCGGAAAAUAUUUAGGAUUUCCACUUUACCUCUCAGCAUUACAAAGUUCCUGAUUCUCUCCUCACCAUAGCUUGCACAAACACACCCACAAACACACACACGCGUGCAGACACGUAAACAUUACACAGAUGUUGCUGUUUGUGAUUCAUGAUUAUGGCCGACAUAUAAAUGUUGUACAUAAACCUUUUUUUUUUUU